AUGCAUGUGAUCAAGCGAGAUGGCCGCCAAGAGCGAGUUAUGUUCGACAAAAUUACAUCCCGAAUCCAGAAGCUUUGUUAUGGACUCAAUAUGGACUUUGUUGAUCCUGCUCAGAUCACCAUGAAAGUAAUCCAAGGCUUAUACAGUGGGGUCACUACUGUGGAACUGGAUACUUUGGCUGCUGAGACAGCUGCAACCUUGACUACUAAGCACCCUGACUAUGCCAUCCUGGCAGCAAGGAUUGCCGUCUCUAACUUGCACAAAGAAACCAAGAAAGUAUUCAGUGAUGUAAUGGAAGACCUCUUCAACUAUAUAAAUCCACACAAUGGCAAACACUCUCCCAUGGUGGCCAAGUCAACAUUGGAUAUUGUUUUGGCAAAUAAAGAUCGCCUGAAUUCUGCAAUUAUCUAUGACCGAGAUUUCUCUUAUAAUUACUUUGGCUUUAAGACACUGGAGCGAUCCUAUUUGUUGAAGAUCAAUGGGAAGGUGGCUGAAAGACCACAACACAUGUUGAUGAGGGUAUCUGUGGGGAUUCACAAAGAAGAUAUUGAUGCUGCUAUUGAAACAUACAACCUUCUUUCUGAGAAGUGGUUUACCCAUGCCUCUCCCACUCUGUUCAAUGCUGGUACCAACCGCCCACAACUUUCUAGCUGUUUCCUUCUGAGUAUGAAAGAUGAUAGCAUUGAAGGCAUUUAUGACACUCUAAAGCAGUGUGCAUUGAUUUCCAAGUCCGCUGGCGGAAUUGGUGUUGCCGUGAGUUGUAUUCGAGCUACUGGCAGCUACAUUGCUGGGACUAAUGGCAAUUCCAAUGGUCUUGUACCAAUGCUGAGAGUAUAUAACAACACAGCUCGAUAUGUGGAUCAAGGUGGAAACAAGCGACCUGGGGCAUUUGCUAUUUACCUGGAACCUUGGCAUUUAGACAUCUUUGAGUUCCUUGAUUUAAAGAAGAACACAGGAAAGGAAGAGCAGCGUGCCAGGGACCUUUUCUUUGCCCUUUGGAUUCCAGAUCUCUUCAUGAAGCGAGUGGAGACUAAUCAGGACUGGUCUUUGAUGUGUCCAAAUGAGUGUCCUGGUCUGGAUGAGGUCUGGGGAGAAGAAUUUGAGAAGCUAUAUGAAAGGUAUGAGAAAGAAGGUCGUGUCCGCAAAGUUAUAAAAGCUCAGCAGCUUUGGUAUGCCAUCAUUGAGUCUCAGACAGAGACAGGUACCCCAUACAUGCUGUACAAAGAUUCCUGUAAUCGGAAGAGCAACCAGCAGAACUUGGGAACCAUCAAAUGCAGCAACUUGUGCACAGAAAUAGUGGAAUAUACCAGCAAAGAUGAGGUUGCAGUCUGUAACUUGGCUUCCCUGGCCCUGAAUAUGUAUGUCACAUCAGAACACACAUAUGAUUUUACAAAGUUGGCUGAAGUCACCAAAGUCAUUGUCCGAAACUUGAAUAAAAUUAUUGAUAUUAACUACUACCCUAUCCCAGAGGCAAGCUUAUCGAAUAAACGUCAUCGCCCCAUUGGAAUUGGGGUACAAGGUCUGGCAGAUGCUUUUAUUCUGAUGAGGUACCCUUUUGAGAGUCCAGAGGCCCAGUUAUUGAAUAAGCAGAUCUUUGAAACCAUUUAUUAUGGAGCCUUGGAAGCCAGCUGUGACCUGGCCAAGGAGUAUGGCCCUUAUGAAACCUAUGAGGGCUCUCCAGUCAGCAAAGGAAUCCUUCAGUAUGAUAUGUGGAAUGUUACUCCUACAGACCUUUGGGACUGGAACCUUCUCAAGGAGAAGAUUGCAAAGUAUGGUAUAAGAAACAGUUUACUUAUUGCCCCGAUGCCUACUGCUUCAACUGCUCAGAUAUUGGGAAAUAAUGAAUCAAUUGAACCUUAUACCAGUAACAUCUACACUCGCAGAGUCUUGUCAGGAGAAUUUCAGAUUGUAAAUCCUCACUUACUGAAAGAUCUUACUGAGCGGGGCUUGUGGAACGAAGAGAUGAAAAAUCAGAUUAUUGCAUGCAAUGGCUCCAUCCAGAGCAUACCAGAAAUUCCUGAUGACCUGAAGCAGCUUUAUAAGACUGUGUGGGAAAUCUCUCAGAAAACCGUACUCAAGAUGGCAGCCGAGAGAGGCGCUUUCAUUGAUCAAAGCCAGUCUUUGAACAUACAUAUUGCUGAGCCUAACUAUGGCAAACUCACUAGUAUGCACUUCUACGGCUGGAAACAGGGUUUGAAAACUGGGAUGUAUUAUUUAAGGACAAGACCAGCCGCUAAUCCAAUCCAGUUCACUCUAAAUAAAGAAAAACUGAAAGAUAAGGAAAAGGUAUCAAAAGAAGAAGAGAAGGAGAGGAACACAGCAGCCAUGGUGUGCUCUUUGGAGAACAGAGAUGAAUGUCUGAUGUGUGGGUCCUGA